GCUUUUCAAAUAAUAGUUUUUUCCUAACCUCAUUUGCUAUGUCUAAAAUAGUUUUUAAAAGUAGUUUAUUAACUGUAUUACCAGUAAAAAUGUGAUAAAACCACUAAAGACACCUCUCUCGCACUGCGAAAAUGCUGCAACGUCCGCACCUCGGCUCAUAAAUGUGUGUAAAUUGUAGAAUUGGUCAUAGAAUGUCUUCGCGUAUCUUGGCUCCGAAAAUGGCAAGAGCAGACACUUUAUGCAGUCAGUCACUUCUGGAAGCUGGAGACCGCCCCCUGGAACGCCCCCUCGGAGGAGAACCCGGCGACGUGAAGACCCAGUUCGUGACACGCGAAGGCACCUAUCGUCUCAUGACCCUUAGUGAAUAUUCGAGACCUAAUCGCGUCGGUUACCAAACUCAGGGACAAACACCACCGCAAGUACGUGUUUCCCUGGUCACUCUUCCAGACCAGGGCGAGAGGAUUUGCUUCAACCAUGGCCGAGAGUUGUACGUUUAUGUCUACAAGGGAAUUAAGAAAGCCGCCGAUUUGAGUAAGCCUUUGGAGAAAAAAGUGUACAAAGGGACGAAUCCGACGUGUCAUGACUUCAACAUUGCCUCAGCAUCGAGCGAAAGCGUUAGUCUCUUGAUUGGCUUUAGCACAGGUCAGAUCCAGCUAAUUGAUCCAAUUAAAAAAGAAUUGAAUAAACUGUUCAAUGAGGAAAGACUUAUUGACAAAACGAGGGUCACGUGUUUGAGAUGGGUGCCCGGUAGUCGCUCUUUGUUUCUCGCAGCACAUGCAUCAGGCCAGUUGUAUGUCUACAACGAGGAGCUGCCUUGUGGCUCGGCAGCCCCACAUUAUCAACCCUUCAAAGUCGGAGAAGGCUUCAGUGUGAGCACUUGUAAAACGAAAUCUACCCGAAACCCCCUAUUUAGGUGGCUCCUAGGCACCGGAGGCGCCAUCAACGAGCUGGCUUUCAGUCCCAAUGGAUCCCAACUUGCUAUAGUUUCCCAAGAUGGACAACUACGAGUGUUCCAGUACGACAGUAUGGAGCUUCUAGGGACCGCCCGGUCAUACUUUGGGGGGCUACUUUGUGUCGCGUGGUCCGGCGACGGCCGCCUCAUUGCGGUAGGGGGCGAAGACGACUUGGUCACGGUCUACUCAAUGGAGCAAAAACGUGUCGUGGGAAGGGCUCAGGGGCAUCGCUCAUGGGUGGCAGCAGUGGCUUUUGAUUGGUUUCUAGAGGCCGAGUCUUGCUACAGGUUGGGGUCUGUGGGGCAUGACACGCAAUUGUGUCUUUGGGAAUUGCCUGAAGAUGCGUUGACGACCCCUUCCAAACCGAAGGUUAAAAGGAGAUCUGAUCCUUUACAAUUAGUGGGGACACCGGCUUGUCCCAGGUUAGAUGAGUGUCCAGUAUUGGAACCUUUAGUUUGUAAAAAAAUUGCUCAUGAAAGGUUGACAGCAUUGGUGUUUCGACCUGAUUGUAUAAUUACGGCGUGCCAAGACGGUUAUGUGUAUACAUGGGCGCGACCCCCUUCCUGAAUGUGUCGUAUUUUUGUAAUUAGGUUUUUAUUCAACUUUUAUACAUAGUAGGGGCAAAUAGUAAUAUAAGUGUAAUUGAUGGAUGUAGUCUGUUGCAUUAUGUACCUAACUGGAAUGAUUUUUCGUAAUUUUAUCUAUCAUUCGUAAAUAUAUGAAAAUAUUUUGAAA